UUCCAAUUGGUCUAUAUGGGUUCCAGCACUACCUGUCGAUACUGGGUUCAUUGAUUCUCAUUCCUCUUGUCAUGGCUCCCGCAAUGGGUGGCACCCCUGAGGACACUGCGGAUAUGGUAUCAACAGUGCUCUUUGUGUCUGGAGUAACCACGCUGUUGCAUACGUCUUUAGGUUCGAGGUUACCCUUGAUACAAGGUCCAUCAUUUGUUUACCUGGCUCCUGCCUUAGCAAUUAUCAACUCCCCGGAAUUUCGAGGACUCAAUGGAAAUAGUUUCAAGCAUAUUAUGAAGGAGCUACAGGGGGCUGUAAUUAUAGCUUCAACUUUCCAAGCAUUACUUGGAUAUAGUGGAUUGAUGUCAUUAUUUUUAAG